CACCCCCUCCUUUUCUUGAACUCAUCUCUCCCAUUUCACCUCCAUAAAAAACUCCAAGAAAGGCUCAAUCUUCUUACUUGGCUCUCCGCAAUAAUCUAAUCCAAUACUAACAACAAUGAAGAUUUUUCAAAGGAAUUCACCUUUUUCUAAUAUUGUUAUGUCCAUUUUGCUCACUCUUUCUUGCAUGAUCAUCCUCACCACCCCACCACAAGUUUCAGCAAAAACCCUCACACAAUCGCCUGAUCAUGAUCUUUCAUACUUUGAAUCCGCUAUGGUGACGCUGGGAAAACCCGCUCUGGAAUCCAAGAACCACUCCUCUUCAUCUGGGCAGAAGAAGUCUUUAGUCCCCAGUUUCAACACGGACUGCAGUGUCUGGAGCAGGGCGUGCUCUGAAGAAAUCUUGAAAAUCGCCAAGAAACCCGAGAACGUGAAAUGGGUAAAAUCCAUUCGAAGGAGGAUCCAUGAGAACCCGGAACUGGCUUUUGAGGAACACGAGACCAGCCGGGUCAUCCGCCGGGAAUUGGAUGAACUGGACAUAAGGUACCGUUUCCCAUUGGCGAAAACAGGGAUCAGAGCCAUGGUUGGAACCGGGAAAUCGCCUUUUGUGGCGAUCAGGGCUGAUAUGGACGCCUUGCCCAUUCAGGAAGCUGUUGAAUGGGAUAAUAAAAGCAAAAAUGCAGGCAAGAUGCACGCCUGCGGACAUGACGCUCAUGUGGCUAUGCUCCUCGGUGCGGCUAGGAUCUUGAAAGCGCGCGAGCACUAUUUGAAGGGGACAGUGGCACUGCUAUUUCAGCCAGCGGAGGAAGCGGGGAAUGGUGCAAAACGAAUGAUCAGAGAGGGUGCUCUUGAAGACGUUGAGGCCAUCUUCGCAGUGCACAUAUCGCACCUGCUUCCUACUGCUGUAAUUGGGUCAAGAUCUGGUCCUCUACUUGCUGGUUGCGGCUUCUUCAAGGCUGUUAUAACUAGUGAAUGGGGUGUGGGUGGGAAUCUCCAUCAAUCUGGCAACCCCAUAUUGGCUGCCUCAGCUGCCGUCAUCAGUUUACAGGGCAUCGUGUCUCGUGAAUCAAAUCCUUUGGACUCUCAGGUGGUCUCAGUAACUUUCUUGAACAGUGGAGAUGAUCAUGAUGCUAUACCAAAGGGGGUUGAAUUUGGUGGCACCUUGAGGGCUUUUGCAAAUACAAGUUUCCACCACCUUCUCAAACGAAUAGAGGAGGUCAUUGUAUCCCAAGCUAAGGUCUACAAAUGCUCAGCAACAGUAGACUUCUUUGAGAAUGCAGACACGAUUUACCCGCCAAUGGUAAACGAUGAACAGAUGUACGAACAUGUCAAGAGGGCCACAGUUGAUCUGGUGGGACCCACAAACUUCCGAGUCGUCCAACCCGUAAUGGGAGCAGAGGACUUCUCGUUCUACUCGGAAGUGAUCCCUGCAGCCUUCUUCUACAUAGGCAUCAAGAACGAGACACUAGGUUCAGUGCACUCGCCCCAUUCCCCACAUUUUAUGAUAGAUGAAGAUGCCCUUCCCAUUGGCGCAGCAACUCAUGCUGCCAUUGCUGAGAGAUAUCUACAUGAGCGGGAUAUCUCAAUCAACGGGCUUCCAGACAUCUCAAUCAACGGGUUUAAUCAAGACUGAAGAUGUGCAUAAAAACUAAAAGUUUUGUUACUUAGGAAAAAGGUAAAGUGGAAAUGGGUAAAAUUUGAAGCCCACACCCCCAGACCCCCACUCAUGUGGAGUGGACCAAGUAUGGUACAAAAGCCUUAACUUAGUUUGUCUAUGUAUCAGAACAAAAGGAGAAGCAUUAGAGUAUUUAUUUAUUCUUUCUUUGUUUAUCAGGAUACCAGCGAUGCAGUAAUUCUCAAUAGAUCAUAUCUCCAUGUAUUUUGCAUCAA